GUGCCACAGGGGCUGAACGAUGCCACAAGUUUAGUUACWGCAGCUGGAGGACUUUCAGUGGACUAGAAGCCCUGCAGAGCGCUGAGGAGCGCGCGCACACAGCUGCUCUUCUCUGAUUUUUUUCUUUCUUUUUUUUUUUUGGUGGCUUCUUUUACGCAUCAAACGACUCCAAUCCAAGGUGGGAUUUUCUGCGUUUUUUUUUUAUAUAAUUCCGGAGUGCUUUUGUCACCAUGAGCGCCGGACAGAGCUAUGAGAAGAAAAUCGCGAACAUUCUGACCGACCUUCCCGGAUCUAUGAGCUGCCACCCGAGCUCCAAGGACUCCCCGACCCUCCCGGAGUCCUCGGUGACGGACAUGGGCUACUACAGCGGGCAGGSGGCGCACCAUGAAUACUACCAGAGUCAGCCGUACGGACAGCCCAUGAACUCUUACCACCACCAGUUUAAUCUGAACGGAAUGGGGGCGGCUGGAGCGUACGCCACCAAAUCUGAAUAUCCCUACACGAACAGCUACAGACAGUACGGACAUUACAACAGAGACCACCUGCAGGCCUCCCCUCCGGGCUCAGUGAAAGAAGAGCCAGAGCCAGAGGUCCGCAUGGUGAACGGGAAGCCCAAAAAGAUCCGCAAGCCGAGGACGAUUUACUCCAGCUACCAGCUCGCUGCUCUGCAGAGGCGCUUCCAGAAGGCGCAGUACCUCGCGCUGCCCGAGAGAGCGGAGCUGGCGGCGCAGCUCGGCCUCACCCAGACGCAGGUGAAGAUCUGGUUCCAGAACCGGAGAUCCAAGUUUAAGAAGUUGUACAAAAACGGCGAGGUUCCCUUGGAUCACAGUCCCAACGCCAGCGACUCCAUGGCCUGCAACUCCCCGCCCUCCCCGGCAGUGUGGGACAACAGCACCCCGCAGAGCACCCCCAUCAGCCGGCCCCAGGUGCCGCAGCCGGCGCACAGCUCGUCGCCGCCCUACCUGGAGGAUUAUAACAGCCACUGGUACCAGCAGGGAUCCCACCUACAGCACCCAGGAACCGUGCACCACCCAGUCCCGCAGCAAAGCGUGGGAGCUGUAUAUUAACACGGACUCAUGGCUUCUGUUUCUCUUCAAUUCUUUUUUAAAGUGUCCCCAUUAAAGACUCUGCCGAGCAAAAAUGGUGUCUGGACCCGGAGCAGGCCUGAAAUGAAACCUUUUUUUUUUUUAUGUCUUUGGUUUUGAUUAAACGAGAAUGUUUCAGAGCUGCAGGGUUUCUAUAAAAAAAAAAAAAAAAAAA